AAAUUCUUCAAGAAAAGGCAAGAUUGCAGUAAGAGAAGAUGGCAAUGAACGUGUUUGCUGUGGCUCUGCUCUCUGUUUUAAUGGGGUUUAUGGUGUCUGUUUCUAAUGGAUUAAAUCCGGUCGACUGCUCUGACAUCUAUAAAUCCGGACAAACCAUCAGUGGGGUCUGCUCCAUCUAUCCAGCAGGUGACGUUCCUGUCUGGGUUGACUGUCAGAUGAUCUCAGUUGGAAACAAUGAAGACAGAGGAGGAUGGACGGUGAUUCAGAGGAGAAUGGACGGCAGUGUAAAUUUCUAUCGGCCGUGGAAUCAGUACAAGGGAGGAUUUGGGAAUGUGGAGGGAGAAUACUGGCUGGGGCUGGAGAACAUGUACCAGCUGACACGCAACAGGAAGUACAUGCUGAGAGUGGAUCUGGAGGACUUUAAUGGAAGGAAAGGUUAUGCUGUGUACUCAUCUUUCUCUGUGGGUCCUGAAGCUUAUGGGUAUAAACUACAAGUUUCGGGAUUCAAAGAUGGAGGAGCAGGUGACUCUUUGUCCUACCAUAAUGGACAGAAGUUUUCCACCUUUGACAAAGAACAAGACAACGACAGCAGAAACUGUGCCAAACAGUUUCUCGGGGCAUUUUGGUACGAUGCCUGUCACCGUGCAAACCCCAACGGUGUGUAUUUGUGGGGUGAAGAUCCCACCAUUUUAGCCAUUGGAAAUGUUUGGUACACCUGGAAGGGCAAUUGGAAUAUCGGUAUGAAAUCCAUCACCAUGAAGAUCAAACUUGUGCCCUAAAGGAGCACACAUCUGAUGUUGUUUUCUCUAUAUUACAAAAUGCGAAGGUUUAAGGUUUUAUUUUCCUCAGUGUAAGCAAAUCAACAAGUAUUUGCUUUUGUCUUUUGAUUUACUUUUAUAUAAAUAAACUUCCAAUGAACUCCUGCA